GGUCAAGACGCAACAGGUGAUUGUGACAGAUAGUGUCAUAAAAGUGUAUUUUUGGGGGUGUUUCUGUCUUUUUUGUUUAGAUAUUUUUUAAAUUUAUAGUUUUUACCAAACAAAAUGAAGUUUAUUUACAUUUUAAAUACUUAACACCAGUAGAAAAGAGGAAGAUAUUUGCAUCUUUAUUAUUUUUAGUUCAUAUUUAAAUCCCGAAAUAAUCAUUAUGUCCCCUGAAUAUGCAGAAAUGGUAGCAGCCAUCGCCUUUGGCGUACUAUCUGCUAUUUUUGUAAGUGCCUUUGUUAUUCUCAUCGUAAUAUGUCGAAGACAAAGGUUAGUCUAUAAAGGAACGUAUCUAGAUGCUCACCAUGAUGUUACCAGGCCUGAAAAGCAGCUUAUCGAACCUGAAAGACCAGAACUCGAAUUAGGAGAGGUAAAUCUCAAUUUUGAUGGGAUUUUAACAGACGAACAAUGGAUAGAUGAUGCAACUGGAUUAAUACCUCACUGUUUGGCAAUAUUAAAAACCUGCAGGUUUUUAACAGAACGUUUGACCACAUUAGCAAUGAACUCGACUCCGCUAUCGGGCAAUUUUUCACAAAUUGUGGAAAGUGCUAAAAGAAUCUCCAGUAGAGUAGAUGAUAUGGUAAGAAGUAUGUAUCCUCCUCUAGAUCCUAGGCUUCUCGAAGCUAGAGCAGCUGCUUUAACUUUGGCAGUCACUCACCUUGCCCUUCUUGCUAAAUAUGAAUGUGGUCAGAAAGACAGAUAUGGAUUAAUUUGGAUUGAUAAAUUGUUAGAGGAAAUGGAUGGGCAUGUUAUGUUUUUAAGAGAGGCAUCUCUUUGUCAAGAGAACUUUAAUAAGUUUCCAGUUACUGCCAAUGGAUUGUGAGAUGGUAUUUAAUGUGUAAUGUAUGUUAAUCCCAAAAUUAAUGAUAUAAUGAGCUAUUAAUUAUAAUGAACUGUAUAUUGACAAUAUAUUUUAAUGACAUUUUGUAUAUGACUCUUGUUAAAUAAAAAUCUUUUUAAGAUAAA